CAACAGCUCAAGGGCCGACUUCAUCUUGUCGCUCGCUGUUAUCUAUCACUGGAUCUCACAGUAUAUUUUGCGCUUUGUACCUUAUGGCCUACCAAUUUCACUAGCAGCGCUGCGCUCUACGCAACCUGGAAGAGGAGAGAGAGAGCGUCCAUUCUAUGGCAUGCUGACCGGCACUGGUCUCAGCCCUCAUCGCCCCUAGGGCACCCGCCCAUCUCCCAGAACCAUGCACGUCGACUAUAGCGCAAGCCUAGAUUCGGAGCACAACCUUCAUUUACCGUCCCAUAACCACUACGAGCAGCCUGGGACCAGCGCCGCAUCGGCCUUCUCGUCAUUUCGGCACCCUGCCGGGCCAGCAAUUGAUCCAGGCCUGGAACACAGCUCUGCUCAGAGCAAUGGACACGCGCCCAUGUCUUCAAUCCACCAAGCCCCAAAUCACUUGCUUCAACCUGACAAUGCUUCACUCAACAACCCUCACAUCUCACCACAGUUCUAUGGCGAUAUGCAGCGCCCGUCGCACGCUCCCUCCACCCCGUCCAACGCUUCCCCGCGCUUCUCCGCCCGCUCCCCCACCAGUCAACCCAGGCAGAUAGCCUCAAGUUUUGUCCCGAGCGAUCGCUCCCCGCCUUCUCUCGAUGUUACAGACGCGACCAUCGAUGAUGCCUACGCCGCUUUCAUAUUGUACUGUAAUCCCAACUUCUCAACCACGACAAAUACCUCUGAGCUAAGGAAACUGUUCCGCACACCACCCAAGAGUGAUGGCAAAGCCUUCAGCACAUGGACGCUGUUCGAGCUCAUACGAAAGCUCGAUUCCAAGGAGAUCCCUACAUGGACACGGCUAGCGCUUGAUCUGGGCGUGGAACCCCCAGAUAUCGAGAAAGGGCAAAGCACGCAGAAGGUGCAACAAUAUUCUGUACGAUUAAAGCGAUGGAUGCGCGCCAUGCACAUUGAUGCAUUUUUCGAAUAUCUUCUCGGCAAGCAGCAUCCCUAUUACCUCCAGAUACCCCACCCGGAUGCCCCUUUCCCUGAGAAUGGACGAGAUGGAGUGCCCUUGGAGGAGGAUUUGGCUAUAAGAGCGCUUGACCCUAAGUUCCGGCCUAAACGUGGAAGGAGAAAAGCCGACGAGGGAGAUGACGAUAUCGAGACUCUUGAAGGCACGCCUCCUCGCAAACGGCCUCAGCUCGAUACGUCGAUUGCUUUCGGAAAUGUGCUUCAGCCGCAGUCGGCGUAUCCUAGUAGUGCCCAUCCCGAUCACAUGGAAGGGUUCCUGAGUGCACAUGAUCACUGGCCCGGCUCCGCAAUCACACCUUCCUCCACGCUGACUUCAUCAUCCACACCCAGUCGAAUGAAUACCGGGAGGAAUCUAACACCGUAUUCUGCUUCACCUAUGUCUGGUCAGCAGAUGCGAUGGCGACUCAACCAUGACAAUCCCACAACGCCGCACCCUCUCUCGGCUGUGACUCCUCUCUCUGCCCACCCGGACUAUCUUGACGAACCACAAUCAGCGAUAACACCAUCCACGUCCAAGCCGCGCUCUCGGCGCCGACACGGGCCUGCGGUCUCAUCGGCAUGGCCUAGCAAUAACGCUUCAUCAACUGGAAGGUUGCGUGGACGCCCACCGAGCAAUCGUUCUGUGCGCGAUGGACCGUUCGUUACAUUUCCCGCGAAUCCGAAGACGAAGGAAGGACCUGUAAUAGACAUAAGCAGAAACCCCGGCAACCUCACACCCAUCGUUGAGAGAGCGCAUUCCGACCCCCCAGCACCGGACCCCCACUUUCGGUUUCCUCCUACACCUGCUUCUGCAAUAUCGCCUACGAAUAUGGAUGGUACUGCGCAGAACGGUCCACAAAGGCCCCACAGGCUCAGCCUGCAAGUGCCCCAGAAUGUUGGCAACCCAGUACGAUUGGUAACCCCCACAGUCCUCGUCAAUGGAGAGCAACAUUCGACCGCUGGAAAUGGGCAUCCCCCACCUGUCCCGAGUGCAAAUGCGACAAGUGGUCCUCCUGGAUAUGCCAAUGGGACCCUUGAACAUACCGGUGGAACCGAGUCAACCUCACACGUUCCAAGAUCGACGCCGUCUCAGACAUAUGCUCUCUCUCCAGGUUCUAUGGACAUACUUCAUGUCACUCCUGAGAGUCUGAAUCGCGCCCUGGCAGCUGAACUCAUCCGUGCUCCUCUCUCUGGCCGUCGCAAACGCCUGCGCGGUACAGAAGCCAAACAUCUUGCCUCGGCCAUCCUCAGGCCCCUCUACUCGAAGCCUUCUACUUCGAGCACAGCUACAUCCAAAUUAAUUACCGACCAGAUCCUUUCAAUCGCCAUCAGCAGCUGCCUUGGCCUUUGCUCUGCGGUAGGCCUUGGGCAGGGCGGGCCGCAAGGUGGCGUACGACGGAUAGAAUGCACACGGUUUCGUGUUGGCGGGGACGGUUACGAAAGUCCUGUCGAUGAAGAUGAAGACGAUGCGGAAGCCGGGUUGAGCACAGCAACCGACAUCAAGGAAAGUUUUGAUGUGAACUUCGGUGUUUCAUUCGGUGGCUUGGUGGGAGAGUGGAGUGUGAAAGGGAUCUCGGCGUCGACACCAGAGACAGGAGAAGACGACGUGACGAAUGAUCGGCCGAAUGGAGAAGAAUCUGACAGAGGGGGCAAGGACCAAGAUUCAGCUGCGACUUGGAAGGCCAAGUUCCUCGAGUGCCAAAAAAAGCUGUGGGACAGCCAAGAGACAGCGAAGGCCCUCCGGGAAAAGGUGCUCGAUGCGGUGCUGUGAAGAGCUCGGGAUUCUUGUCGUAAUUUUGCGAUGCUUGAUAUAUGCGGAGAUUAUCCGGUUGGCGUGCAUGAUGUUGGAUACCUUACGUUGAGCCAUUGCUGUAUACCCUUGGGCGUGAUAUGUUUGUAUAUGAUGAGACAUGAAAUAUAUAUGGGGAAACGAGAAAGU